GCGGGGACAGAGCGGCUAGGCCUUGGAGAGGCUGAGGUGCCACUGCCAGGUCCCAGCUGCGGGAGGUCAGCAUGCAUCUCUACCUGCUCUUGCUGUUGGCGCUGUGCAGGGCAACCUGCGUGGUGGCGGGUCCCAGCUACAGCCUGAGGGGGAGCUGGCGGGUGAGCAACGGCAACGGCUCACUGAAGCUACCGGGGACUGUCCCUGGCUGCGUGCACAGCGCCCUGCAGCAGCGAGGGCUGAUCCAGGAUCCUUACUACAGAUUUAAUGACAUUAGCUACAGAUGGAUUUCCUUAGAUAACUGGACCUACAGCACGGAAUUUAAAAUCCCCUUUAAUCUCAGUAAACAGCAGAAAGUAAAGUUGAUUUUUGAAGGCGUUGAUACGGUUGCAGAAAUCCUGUUCAAUAAUGUCUCUAUUGGGAAGACUGACAACAUGUUCACUGGAUAUAGCUUUGAUGUCUCCAAUGUGGUCAAAGAUGUCAACUCCUUGACGCUGAAGUUCCAGUCAGCAGUGCGGUAUGCUGAGCUUCAGAGCAAAGCUCACACUCGUUACUCCGUGCCCCCAGACUGCCCCCCAAUGGUGCAGAAGGGUGAAUGCCAUGUUAACUUUAUCCGGAAGGCACAGUGCUCCUUCAGCUGGGACUGGGGGCCUGCCUUUCCCUCUCAAGGAAUCUGGAAAGAUGUUAGAAUUGAAGCCUAUAACAUUAGUCAUCUGAAUUACUUCACAUUUUUGCCAGUUUAUGAUAACACUUCCCAGGAGUGGGCUAUUGAAAUAGAGGCUUCUUUUGAUGUUGUAAGCUCAAAGCCGGUUGGUGGUCAGGUGACCGUAGCCAUCCCUAAACUGCAAACACAGCAAACGUUCAACAUUGAGCUUCAUCACGGGCAAAGCAUUAUUAAACUCCAUGUGAAAGUUAACAAGGAGAUUGCCGUGGAGACCUGGUGGCCUCAUGGACAUGGAAGCCAGACUGGGUAUAAUAUGACAGUUCUCUUUGUGCUGGAUGGAGAUUUAAGUAUUGAAAAAUCAGCCAAGGUUUGUUUCAGGACAGUGCAACUCAUAGAAGAGCCCAUUGAAGGGUCUCCUGGCCUAAGCUUCUACUUCAAAAUUAACGGACUUCCUAUAUUUCUGAAAGGCUCGAACUGGAUCCCAGCGGAUUCGUUCCAAGACAAAGUCACUUCCACACUGUUGAAGCUCCUUUUGCAGUCUGCCGUGGAUGCUAACAUGAACAUUCUGCGGGUGUGGGGUGGAGGCAUCUAUGAGCAGGACGAAUUCUAUAAGCUCUGCGAUGAACUUGGAAUCAUGGUAUGGCAGGAUUUUAUGUUUGCCAGUGCCCUUUAUCCGGCUGAGCAGGACUUCCUGGCCUCAGUGAGAAGGGAAGCUGCAUACCAGGUCAGGAGGCUAAAGUCUCACCCAUCCAUCAUCAUAUGGAGCGGUAACAAUGAGAAUGAAGUAGCUCUGAGGGUGAACUGGUUUCAUAUAGAUCCCAAGGACUUGGGAACUUAUAUUGAAGACUAUGUGACCCUCUAUGUGAAAAACAUCAGAGAGGCUGUCUUAUCAGAAGACAAGAGCCGCCCUUUUAUUGCAUCCAGCCCUACCAAUGGGGUCAAAACCAUGGCAGAAGGCUGGAUCUCUACUGACCCUGACAGCAUCCAUUAUGGAGAUGUACAUUUUUAUGACUAUUUCAAUGACUGCUGGAAUUGGGAGGUCUUCCCAAAAGCUCGAUUAGUGUCUGAAUAUGGCUACCAGUCCUGGCCUUCCUUUAGCACACUAGAAAAGGUCUCAUCUAAAGAGGAUUGGUCGUACAGUAGCCACUUUUCCCUUCAUCGGCAACAUCAUGUAAAUGGCAAUGACGAGAUGCUUCAGCAGGCCGAGCUUCAUUUCAGGCUCCCCCAGAGGACAGACCCAUUACGCAACUUUAUGGAUACUAUCUACCUUACUCAGGUGAUGCAGGCCCAGUGUGUCAAAACAGAAACCGAAUUCUACAUGCGCAGCCGCAGCGAGAUAGUGGAUGGAGCCGGCCAUACCAUGGGGGCACUCUACUGGCAGCUGAAUGAUAUCUGGCAGGCUCCUUCCUGGGCCUCUCUUGAGUAUGGAGGAAAAUGGAAAAUGCUGCAUUACUUUGCUCGGCGUUUCUUCGCUCCACUGUUGCCAGUAGGUUUUGAAGAUAAAGAUGUAUUUUAUGUCUAUGGUGUGUCAGAUCUUCACAAAGACUACGAAACAAGGCUCACUGUGAGGCUCUAUACCUGGAGUUCUCUGAAGCCUCGGUGCUCUCUUGUGACUUCAACAGCUGUGAUUAAAGCUGGGAAGGCUGCAGUCCUCUACAAGGAGCCGGUGCCCAAACUGCUCAAGAGAUGCCAGGGAUGUAUGAGGGAAACUUGUGUGGUUUCCUUUCACCUCUCAACGAACAGUGAACUCUAUAGCCCAACCAACUACCAUUUCCUGUCCUCCCUGAAGGAUGCUAAAGGGCUAAAGAAGGCCAACAUCACUGUCAACAUCUCUAAGAAUGGUGAUGUAUUUGUUUUUUAUCUGAAAACGUCAGCCAUCGCUCCCUUUGUUUGGUUGGAUGUAGGAAGCAUACCAGGGAGAUUUAGUGAUAAUGGCUUCCUCAUGCUUGAGAAGAUGCAUUCUGUACUGUUUUAUCCUUGGAAGGCCACUAGCAAGAAGAAGCUGCAGCAAGCUUUAAGUGUGACCUCCCUGACAGAUAUCCAAUGAAGGGACAUGGGUUGUGUUUCAGUGGGCACUGGCUGGAGAGGAAGGCGGCCUGGCGGAAAGCUGAAU